AACAACAGAAGGAACUUAUCAAACAACCAACAUUAAAUUCAACUCUUUCUCUCUCCUUAUUCAAUUCCCUUCUAACUUAUUAACUUCUUCUUCAGUUCCUUCAGUUAUCUAAAUGACAACAACAUUCUGAUGAUUGAGUUUUUCCCCACCAGGUGGACUGCAAUGGCCUUUGAUAGCUGUGGGUUGUUGGAGUUAAGACCUCUGGUUCACUUGUUGUUCCCACUUUGCAUUCAUUGGAUUGCUGAGGAGAUGACCGUUUCUGUUCUUGUUGAUGUUAUUACUAAUGCUUUGUGUCCCGGGGAGUCCACUUGUUCUGAGGCUAUUUACAUUAGUGGUCUUCAACAAACGAGAAAAUUUUCUUGAAAUUUCGCUGGUUUCUGCAUCUUUUGCUUUCAUAAUUAUUGAGUUGAUCAUGAUAGCUGCUUACUUUUCUUAGAGGUUGUUGGAAUUUUCAAAAUGGUGUCAAUACCACUUAUAGGCCAGCUUGCAGAUGAGUAUGGCCGUAAACCACUGCUCCUUCUUACUGUCUCCUCCAUUAUAAUUCCUUUCUCUUUACUUGUUUUUAAUCAGUCCAGAGAUUUUGUUUAUGCAUAUUAUGCACUUCGAACUAUAUCAAAUAUUAUAAGCCAAGGGAGCCUCUUCUGCGUCGCUGUUGCUUAUGCGGCAGAUUUUGUGAGUGACAGCAAAAGAGCUGCAGCAUUUAGUUGGAUUACAGGCCUGCUUUCUGCAUCGCAUGUCUUAGGAAAUUUAUUGGCUUUUCUCCUUCCCGACAACUGCAUUUUCCCGGUGUCAACAGCUCUCUUGAUCUUUUGUCCUGUUUACAUGCAUUUCUUUCUGGUUGAGACAGUUGAAUCAGCUCCCAGGAGAGACCAAGAAUCAACUUUCUUGCACAAGGUAGUUAUGGUCCUCGAAGAAAGAUACAAAUCAAUGCGAAAUGCUGCAUUUAUAGUUAUUAGCAGUCCAACACUCAAAGGAAUUUCUUUUGUUUCCUUUUUUUAUGAGUUGGGAAUGUCCGGCAUCAGCAGUGUCUUAUUUUAUUAUUUGAAGGCAGUUUUUGGUUUUAGCAAGCAUCAAUAUUCAGAAAUCCUAAUGAUAGUCGGAGUAGGUGCUAUUGCAUCGCAGAUUGUGGUGCUACCUCUUCUCAAUCCUUUGGUCGGAGAAAAGGUGAUACUAUGCAUAGCCUUGCUUGCGUCAAUAGCUUAUGCAUUGUUCUAUGGCUUGGCUUGGGCAUCUUGGGUACCAUACCUAAGUGCCUCAUUUGGUGUUAUUUAUGUCCUUGUGAAACCUUCUACUUAUGCCAUCAUUUCAAAGGCUUCAAGUUUAAACAAUCAGGGAAAGUCACAAGGAUUUAUUGCUGGCAUAGAAGCAAUAGCAAGUUUUUUAUCACCACUUGCAAUGAGUCCCUUGACUUCAUGGUUCCUUUCAAGCAAUGCCCCUUUCAACUGCAAAGGUUUCAGCAUUGUCGUCGCAUCUAUAUGCAUGAUGAUUGCGUUGGUCUUUGCUUGCAUGCUCAAAACAGAAAAUCAUUCAACCAGAGACAAAGAGGAAGAAGAUAUUGAGACACCAAUUUUAAGUUGAAGCUACUUGUAAUUAUAUCCAAUUCAAGUAGUUUGCUGAAAGAUACUGUUCUGAGGCAAUUAUCUCAUUGUUUUGAGUACACAAAUUUCCUUGGAAAUUUCUUCCGAAUUAUUGCUUUAAAACUACAUCA